UGGUCCUACGCGGUAUAUUGGAACCAAUUAAACAAUUCAUCUCUGCACUUUCCUGUCUCAUCCUCACUCUCUCAGUUCGUUUCAAUGAACCCUAGUAAAUUUUCUCUAUAUCUUCCUGAUUCUACUCUCUAGGGUUCUUAUUCCCAAAGCUCUCUCUUCUCUCUCUCAUAUAUAUAUACACACACACACACACAUAUAAGCUUUGUAUUGCUCUUUUUUCUCCGAAAGCUUUGUAUUACUCUAUUUCUCGAUCAACGACAUGCGGGUAGGGUAUGGAUUUCGUCCUACGGACAAAGAACUCGUUGAUUACUUCUUGAGGUUUAAGAUCAACGGUGAUGAGAGAAAAGUCAGUGAGAUUCCUGAGGUCGAUAUUUGUAAAUUCGAACCCUGGGAUUUACCUGAUUUCUCCAAAAUAAAGUCUAAUGAUAAUCAAUGGUUCUUUUUCUGUCCUACGGAUUGGAAGUAUGUGAAUGGACAGAGGGUGAACAGAGCAACUGAGCAUGGAUACUGGAAUUCAACAGGUAGGGAUCGGAUGAUCAAGUCCGGUAAGAGCGUAAUUGGUAAAAAGAAGACUUUGGUCUUCUAUACCGGGCGUGCUCGAAAUGCUUCUAGAACGCAUUGGGUUAUGCACGAGUACUAUGCUAGUAAGGAGCUUUACGGCACGAAACCAGGACAGCGUUCCUUUGUCCUCUGUCGUCUUUUUAAGAAGCAUGAUGAGAAGCAAGAUGAUGUCACUGAAGGUUCAAACUACUGUGUUGAAGUUGAAGAGAAUGUUGUUGUUCCUUCUCCUGUCACGGUUACUGCUCAAGAUACACAAUUGGAGGCAGAAACCCCUGUGAUGAGAGCUCAACCUUCUAGUAACUCUGAAAACUUACUCUCUCACACUCCUUUACCUGCUGAGUUUGACAACAAUAUCCGUAUUUCUAAUGAUGCCGAAGAUGAAGUGGUAGACAAAUCAUUUAUGCAGCCGGAUUCGGAUCUGGAGCAAAUGUUGGAAAUGUUUUGCGGCCCAAUGCCUGGGGCACCAGAUGAAAAAAUCUUCUCUCCAUUGAAUUGGCAAAUGGAUAUGGGGUUUGGACAAUCUUACUUGCCUUUCCCAGUCACUAAUAACUUAAGCAAUGACCACAAUGGGGUGCAAUUUCAAUAUGGAUCAAAUGAACAGGAAUUCCUGGAUUCAAUUUUUGUUGACAAAGAAGAUCACUCAACCGAAUUCUUCAAUUAUUCAGAAAUGUCCGUUUCAGAAUCCUUCAAUGACACAAAACCUAUUCGAAUUACGAGGAAGGGGCCAAAUGGUCAUGCGGAUAUGUUCGUUUCAGAAUCCUUCAAUACUCAACCAAGAAGAAUCCGUUUGCAGAUGGAACUUCGACAUGAUUUAGUUGGCCCCAACUACUUUUUCAGCAACUCCAAAGAAAACCAUGAAGCCAAACCAACAUUGACACAGGCUGAAAAUAUUAAGGACGCUUCCGCUGAUGCAGCAGCUACCAUCCUUGGAUCCUUGGAUGACGAAAAAUUUACUCAAAAGCUCAAUACCAUCCUUGGAUCCUUGGAUCCUUGGAUGACGAGUAGGAGGACAGAAGGUAAUACUGUGAUGACCCGUGCCGUGAAGGUUCUCUCUGCAUCCUCCGAGGCUUCUCCAGCAUUCCGCUCAAUAUCAUCUGUUUGUAUGCUUGGGGUACUCUUGGCUGUAGGUUUUUCCAUAAUUUUCAUUCGCACGUUAGAAAUCAUUGCAGCUUGAAGUUUGUUUAGAGAAAGGAACUUUUACUUAAAUUACUCCAUGACAUAAUAUUGCUACUAGACUUGUUGAUAUAUUUGUUUUCCAUGUUUUAUGUAAUUUUUUUUUAUUAUAAAAUACUUGUAGAGCAAAAUAUUUUUUAUUUUCUAGCUACAUGUCUUUUUCAUUUUCACUUAUAAAUAGAAGUGAUCAUUGUAUACAAAAAUAAAGAGAGUAUAAUAAAGAUUGUAUACGACACUUGUGUGCUGUGACCGUAAGCUGUAAUGUUUGAAUUAUAUAUAUCCUUAUGCUCUUCAUUUUCUA